AAAUUUGGAGCAAUUGCCAUUUGGCUGUGCUUUUCACUCUUUCUCUCACAUCUCCCUAUUUCUUUUCUCUCUCAUUCGUUUACAAGUCACAACCCACCUUGGAUUGUUUUUCUGCGACCAAAGCACGAACUUACACACACAGAGACUCCGACUUGUGUUGUGAAAACCUUUGUGCAUUACCCGACGCUUCUUCUUUUCUUGUUUUCGCUCCAAAACCCAUUGCUUCAAUCACUAAUACUCCACUUUCAGAUCGGGGUGUGUCUCUCUCCAACACGCACAAAAAAAGGAUUUGAAGAUUUGGAUAAGUUGCUUUCAGUCUUGAAGUACUAAAAAAGUUGAGUGUGAGGUGUGAAGUGAAUUUUAACAGUGAUAAUUGGUAAAUGGGGACCCAAACUAUGGGGACUCAUGGUGGUGGUGGAGACAGUAAUGGGAAACAGUCACCACUCCAGCCUCUGGUGCGGCAAAACUCAAUGUACAGUCUCACACUUGAUGAGGUUCAGAAUCAAUUGGGCGAUUUGGGGAAGCCACUAACUAGUAUGAACAUUGAUGAGCUUCUAAAAAAUGUGUGGACCGCUGAGGCAAGUCAGACCAUUGGUAUGGACAAUGAGGGCACAGCACAAGCUAGUCAAGCUUCUCUGCAGCGUCAGGCUAGUCUGUCAUUAACCGGUGCACUAAGCAAGAAGACUGUAGAUGAGGUUUGGAGAGAUAUCCAACAAAACAAAAUCGUAGGGGAGAAGAAGUUCCAAGACAGACAUCCUACUUUGGGAGAAAUGACAUUGGAGGAUUUCUUGGUGAAAGCAGGUGUUGUUGCAGGUGCAUCUUCUAAUAGAACAAAUACCAGUACUAUAGCUGGAGUUGAUUCAAACGUGGCAGUACCACAGUUUCCUUCACAAGCACAGUGGAUACAAUAUCCACAAGCACAAUAUCAGCAUCCACCACAAAGUUUAAUGGGGAUGUAUAUGCCUAGCCAAGGUAUGGUACAGCCAUUACACAUGGGGGCUGGAGCUUCAUUAGAUGUUUCGUUUGCAGAUAAUCAGAUGGCAAUGCCAUCGUCUCUGAUGGGAACAAUGUCAGAUACGCAGACUCCUGGAAGAAAAAAGAGCACUUCUGAGGACAUGAUAGAGAAGACUGUUGAGAGGAGACAGAAAAGGAUGAUAAAAAAUCGGGAAUCUGCUGCCCGUUCAAGAGCAAGGAAACAGGCAUACACAAAUGAAUUGGAGAAUAAAGUCUCGCGCCUGGAAGAGGAAAAUGAAAGGCUGAGGAAACGAAAGGAUGUAUCCUUCUUGAUCUCACUGCUCUAGCUUGGACAGUUAUGAGCUAGAGCAGAUGUUGUCAUGUGCACCCCCUCCUGAACCUAAAUAUCAACUUCGCCGAAUAGCAUCAGCUCCAUUCUGAGAUCUGUACCUAGUUGUAGCGGUUUGUAUAUUUGAGUAUCAGGGAAUUCUCCUUGUGGAUUACUGUGUGGUUGAAUCCAGUAUGUCAAGAAUAGCUAUGUGAUGCAUUUGCAUCCAAUGACUUGCUUUUAAUUGUUAAGUUCUUUAUAACUCCUCUGUGAAGGUUCUUUAGAAAAAAAUGUAAAAUAUUGUAGUUUUACCAUUCACAAUAUAGCCCUUUUAAUAAUGCCUUGAGGUACUUUUACGAUUUGGGGAUGACAAAAUUGUGGGGUCUUGCCAUUUUUCAAGAUAUGGGAAAAUAGGGCCACUGUUUAAUAUUCACUGCAGAGAUGAGCAUCAUCAAUUACUAAUUACUAA